CACUGACCGUAUCUGGGUUCCAGCUUACCGUCUCCUUCGCGAAUUACCGAUUCAGGAAGUCCACGACUCUAAUUUCUUCGGCCAUUUCGGGGUUGACAAAACCCCAAAGUUACUUCACCGUUUUUAUUAUUGGCCAGAUUCGGCGUCUGAUGUGCAGAUAUACGUUUUGGCGUGCCCGACCUGCCAGCGCAUGAAGUCCUCUCGACAGCGGUCAGCAGGACUGCUGCAACCGCUCGAGCCACCCCAGAAGCCGUGGCAACAAGUGACGAUGGACCUCGUCAUGGGACUUCCGGCCGAAACUGCUAAAAUCUUCAUCUCCACCAUUGUUCGUCUACACGGCCUCCCAUCGGCGAUCAUCAGUGACCGCGAUCCCAAAUUUACGUCCAAGUUCUGGCAAGAGACAUGGGAACAGUACGGCACCCGCCUACAAUUCUCGUCUGCCUACCAUCCACAAACCGACGGGCAGACAGAGCGAACCAAUCAAACCAUGGAGCAGCUGAUACGCACUAGCUGCCCCGACCCCGCCAAUGGGAAGAAUUCCUGCCCAUGCUGGAAUUUUCCUACAACAAUGCCCCAUCCGCAACAAGAAAUCACUCACCGUUUUUCCUCAACUACGGGAUGGAUCCCACCUUAUUAUUCAUAACAUAAGACAUCUGGUUGUUACA